AUGGCCGGUGACUUUAAUGACAUAAUAUGUAGCAGUGAGAAGAAAGGUGGCUCUAAUUCGGAUUUAGCGAAAUAUAGGAGAUUCCAAUCUUUCUUGGAUAACUGUCAGGUAAUGGAUAUUGAUGUUACUGGUGCUAAGUUCACGUGGCAGGGACCAAAGUGGAAUAAUCUUGAUAAAGUUUAUAAGAAACUCGAUAUAAUUUGUGCCAAUCUUCAAUGGAGGGUUGAAUUUGAAGAUGCUAAAGCACGUGCUCUUCCAAGGGUUCUAUCUGAUCACAAUCAUUUUCUUCUAAAUUUGGCUAGAAAAUCUCAACACUGGAAGCAAAGACCUUUCAGGUUUGUAGCGACUUGGAUGGAUCAUCCUAGUUUUGAUAGUCUAAUGGAGGAAAAGUGGAAGAAGUCUGAAGAGAUAACUUGUAUGCUACCCAAUUUUGCGCACCAUCUUCAAAGAUGGAAUAAGGAGAUUUUUGGUGAUAUUAACAGAAGAAAGAAAACUUUGUUGCAGAAUAUUGCCAAUAUUCAAAAAAGGAGGGAAAGUAGUGAUUGA